CCCUCACUGUUGCUUGCUCCUACUUUUGUUCUGUACUAAUGGAUGGAAAGAAACUGGAAUACAAAGGAAAGGAGGCUCUGAAGGGGAUUCAGAAGCUAACAGCAGAAGCUGAAAAAGUUCAAGAAGAUUUGCUGAAAGCAAUCUUAACAAGGAACAAAAAGACGGAAUACCUCCAAAAGCACAUGAAAGGAUUGUCAACGGAUGAUGUAUUGGAGUUCAAGCAGAAAGUACCAGUCAUCACAUACAAAGACAUCUAUCCCUAUAUCCAAAGGAUAGCUAAUGGUGAAGACUCCUCUUUGAUCUCUGGUCACCACAUAACCGAGAUGCUAUGCAGCUCAGGGACAUCUGGUGGAGAGCCUAAGCUAAUGCCAUCCAUUGCAGAAGAUCUUGACCGUCGAACUUUUGUCUAUAACUUGAUCAUGCCUAUAAUGAAUCAGUACGUGACAGGACUUGAUGAAGGUAAGGCCAUGCUUCUAUAUUUCGUCAAGGCAGAGAUGUCCACUCCUUGUGGUUUACCAGCUCGGACAGUUCUAACCAGUUAUUACAAGAGCAAGCAUUUUAAGUGCCGAUCGAGUGAUCCUUACAACGAUCACACAAGCCCGAAUGAAGCCAUUUUGUGUGAUGACAGCAACCAAAGCAUGUAUUGCCAGCUGCUAGCAGGGUUAAUCAACCGCCACCAUGUCCUGCGUCUUGGAGCCGUAUUUGCAUCAGCUUUGCUGCGCGCAAUCUCCUUCCUUGAACGCAAUUGGCUUAGUCUAUGCAGCGACAUCCGCACAGGCCAACUGAACCCUAUGAUUACUGAUUCUGGCUGCCGAUCAGCCAUGUCUACCAUGCUCAAAUUGGCAGACCCUCAUCUAGCGGAUGAGAUAGAGAACAUCUGUAGCCGUCGAUCAUGGAAAGGAAUAGUCUGUGACUUAUGGCCUAAGGCCAAGUAUAUUGAGGCAGUGGUUACAGGGUCUAUGUCCCAAUACAUACCAGCUCUUGAGUACUAUAGUAGGGGGAAGUUACCACUUGUAUGUACAAUGUAUGCUUCAUCCGAAUGUUAUUUUGGGGUAAAUUUAAAGCCAUUGUGUGAUCCUGCAAAUGUUGCAUUUACCCUCUUACCAAACAUGGCUUACUACGAAUUCAUACCCUUGGAUGAAAAUGAGACAUAUGGCAAUGACGACGAAGAGAUCCCGUCGGAUAAGCUUGUUGAGCUGGUGCUAGUUAAAGUUGGUUGCUACUACGAAUUGGUGGUCACGACAUUUUCUGGGCUAAACCGGUAUCGUAUUGGAGAUGUGCUCCAAGUAACUGGAUUUCAUAACCAAACCCCACAAUUUAGGUUCAUCUGCAGGAGGAAUGUCAUUCUAAGCAUUGACAAUGACAAAACUAAUGAAGAAGAUCUGCAUAAGAGCAUCAUGGCAGCAAAAAGGCUUUUAGAACCCUACAAUGCACUGCUUGUGGAAUACACUAGCUAUGCUGAUACAUCAUCAGUGCCAGGACACUACGUUAUAUACUGGGAGAUCAAACAUUGCACACCCUCAGUCCUAGACAAGGUCAGCUCUCCACUUGGCCCUAAGGUGCUUCAAGAUUGUUGUAUUGCAAUGGAGGAAGAUCUUGAUUACAUUUACAGGCGAUGUCGCACUAAUGACAAGUCUAUUGGACCACUUGAGAUUCGCGUUGUGAAGCCAGGCACUUUCGAGUCCUUGAUGGACUUGUUUAUAAAACAAGGUGCAUCCAUUAAUCAGUAUAAAACUCCACGGUGUAUUAAGUCUGAUGCUGCACUAAAAUUGCUCAACUCUAGCGUGAAGGCCUACUUCUUUAGUCCCCGAGAUCCCACAUGGAAUCCUUGAUAUGCUUAACUUUUUCAUAAUAAACAAAUUCUCCCUUCUAGCUAGGGGAAUGUAUGGGUAAGUUAUGACACUUCACCCAGUUUUGCCUAAGCUAAUAAUUUAUGUUUUAAGGGUAUCCACUAGCUAAUGAUAUUUCAACUGGUUUUAUCAUUGAGGAAGGAUCAUAUUCUCUGUUCUGGAUCAUGUAUAACCCGUAUUAGAGUUAUACGUGAAUUAACAAUCUAAAUAUCUAAUAAUACCUGAUUACUUAUUAACCUACCUAGGAAAUGCCAAUAUUGAGUAGGUUCUCCUUUUUAUAUACUUACAGCUUCUUAAAAUAUAGGGGUUAAGAUUACAUGGUGAACCUAAAACAAACAUGAUUCACCAGUGUAGCUUAAGCUCAAUUUUCGCAUUAGCUCUUUAAGAAAUUCAUGGAAUAAACUGAUUCUAACUGCGCAAUUACCUCGGAUGAAAACUGGUAAAUGUAAAGCUACCAGCAGGAUGUAAUGAGAUAUACUAAAAUAGUUAAAAACACAUACGAAUUCAAUACACAAUUAUCAAUCAGAAUCAGAUUAUGCUUAAUGCACUCAUGAUCAAUAAACUCAAUCGAAAAACACCUGAAAUGAUGGUACCUG